AUGGGAAGAUGCUGCUGGAUGCAGCCCUUACCUGUAGUUUUCCUUCUCCACAGGUGCCCCUGGUUGACCAAAGCCAUCUCCCCGGCCAUCCCGCUGUACAAUGGGCUCGUGUUCCUGUUCGUGCUUGCAAACUUCAGCAUGGCGACGUUCAUGGACCCUGGAGUUUUCCCACGAGCAGAUGAAGAUGAAGAUAAAGAUGAUGACUUCCGAGCUCCGCUCUACAAGAACGUGGAGAUUAAGGGAAUCCAAGUACGGAUGAAGUGGUGUGCCACCUGCCACUUCUAUCGUCCCCCACGCUGCUCUCAUUGCAGUGUCUGUGACAACUGUGUUGAGGAUUUUGACCAUCACUGCCCAUGGGUCAACAAUUGCAUAGGACGGAGGAACUACCGCUACUUUUUUCUCUUCUUGCUGUCCCUAAGUACACACAUGGUUGGAGUAUUCACCUUUGGGCUGAUCUUUGUAUUAAACCAUAUGGAAAAGCUGGGGGCAGCUCAUACCACCAUUACAAUGGCUGUCAUGUGUGUGGCUGGGUUGUUCUUUAUCCCAGUCAUCGGUCUCACUGGUUUCCACAUUGUCCUCGUGGCCCGAGGACGCACAACCAAUGAACAGGUGACGGGCAAAUUCCGAGGGGGAGUGAACCCCUUCACCCGUGGCUGCUGCGGAAACGUGGAGCACGUGCUCUGCAGCCCCCUGGCCCCCAGGUACGUAGUUGAGCCCAAGAAAAAGCAAGCUGUGAGCGUGAAGCCUCCUUUCCUCCGACCGGACCUAUCUGAGCGGCAGAUCACCGUGAAGAUCAGUGACAACGGGAUCCAGGCCAACCUCAAUCGCAGCAAGUCUAAAAUUAGCCUGGAGGGUCUGGACGAUAAAAGUCUGGACAUGCAGCCGCCUCUCCCACCCAAAGGAGAUCCAAGCAAGUACUCUGAGCUAACAGGGCAGCUGGGGGCCAGUGAAGAAAGUGGCCUUUCACCUAAACUUAUCAGCCCUCCUACACCUGCCAUGUACAAAUACCGACCGGCUUUCAGCAACAACCCCAAAGUCCACUAUCAUGCUGCACCUGAGCAGAUCUCCAUGCAGGAGGGACACAGCCAAGGAGCUCUGAUAGAAGAGGAUGACAGGAGCCUGGAUUACCAGUCUGAACCGAGCCUGGACAUCCCCAGCUACCGGAAGAGCUCUCUGCACAAGACCUAUCAGUCUUCCCCACUCCAGAUAGAUUCCUAUGCCAUCAAUUCCCGAUCCCUGAGCCUCAAAUCUGCCGGCAGGAGAGGGACGGACAAAGUGCCCCUUCAUCCAAUAAAGUCUGAAGGGGCAGCUUCCACCCCAUACAAAAGCAUCUUUUCCCCCAAUUCCCUGUCGAACAGAAAUGGGAGCCUGUCUUACGACAGCUUGCUAAACCCCAUGUCGCCCUCGGGGAGGAAGUGCGUGGCCCACGCCGCAGUGGGCUCCGUSGGGUACCACUCUCCGUACUUAUCCGCCAAAAUGUGCCACCUGCGGGGCAGCGAGCUGCAGCGCCCGCCCCCRCAGAGCUUCAGCCCGGUGCUGGGCGGCCCAGCUCCGCACCAGCGUGACCCCUCUCCAGUGCGCUACGACAACCUUUCAAAGACCAUUAUGGCAUCCAUCCAGGAGAGGAAGGAGAUGGAAGAGAGGGAGAAGCUCCUCCACUCGCACCCCGAUUCGGUGUUUGCAGACUCGGGUGUCUACGACACCCCUAGCUCCUACAGCCUUCAGCAAGUGAGCACGCUGUCCGAAGACCCCCGCAGCAUGGCGAUGAGAUAUGGAUCUAGGGACAAUCUGAUGGCUGCUGCCAGUUUUAGCACAAGGAACCCUAUGCUGCAGUCCUCAGUGUCUUCACUCUCCAGUGCAAUGUCAAGAGCACCAAGGACUUCCACAACCUCUCUGCAAGCUGAUUUAGCCAAUAACAAUGUCCAGUCCCAUCAAGCACUACAGGGCAGGGUGAGCAACGGCUCCUACAAAUCGCCGGGCCACCAGGUCCCAUCGUCCCCCACUGGGAUGCCUAGGUCCCCCUCUUAUGGAGGCCCCAAGGCUGUCUCGUUUGUAAACACUGUGGAAGUCACAGAGGUGCAGUCGGUGGGAGCACAAAGGGACGACAUGCAGUUGAAGGCACCUCACAGUAAAAUAAAUGGACAGCCAAAAGGAAUAACCAGGUUGGGAUCAACAUCAAGUUCCCAGGGGACACCCGUCAGCCCUGCUAGACACGCAAACGUUAAGAAGGUGUCUGGUGUUGGUGGAACAACCUAUGAGAUUUCAGUGUAAAAUAAAAUUCAAAUAAAAA